AAAGGAAGAGUCAUGUGUUGCUCUCUGACAAGCAUCAACCCCAAACCCGAGCUUUAAGACUGUGGCUGACAGAGACACAGAAACCUGAGGACUGGUGAGAGCGGGGUAACAUCACUCCACUGUUGGGAGAAGGACUGUCCUCUGAGCACUUUAUUCUGAUCAAGUUCCUUUUCACACCACUGAAACCACCCAUUUUCACACGAUUGAACCAGCAGUGUCGCACCUAUGUCACUGUUAUGCCAGUACAACAAGGACAAGGAGGGGACCUCUUUGCUAAUCUUGGAGCAAGCACGGAAGAAAGGGAACGUGACUCUAGAUCCAGACACGGCACAUCCCAACCUCGUCCUGUCUAAUGAUCUGAAGAGGGUGAGAUGGGAAAGCAGAAAGCAGGAGCUGCCAGACAACCCAGAGAGAUUCGACUGGGAGCCCUUUGUGCUGGGCCCUGAGAGAUUCACUUCUGGAAGACACUGGUGGGAGGUGGAGGUGGAGGAGACCAAAGGGAUGCAGCCAACGGGGGGCGUGCAAGCGUCAGUCAGGAGGAAGGGAGACAUCGGCCAGAGUCCUAAUGAAGGAAGGUGGGAGACAGAAGAGUUGGCGGCGCAGUGGGAGAUUUGGGCAGUGGGAGUCGCCAGAGAGUCGAUCAUCAGGAAAGGAAAGAUCAACCUGGAUCCUAAUGGCGGGUUCUGGGCUCUGGGGAAGGCGCUGCAUGACUCAUUAAGGACCCCAUUCUCUCCUUAUCAACUCACAGCUUUUACCUCCCCUACGCGGACCCUUUUGAGUUUGAGGCAUGAGCCCAGGAAGAUCCGGGUGUUCCUGGACUAUGAAGAAAGCCGCGUGGAUUUUUUUGAUGGUGAUACAAACGACUUGAUCUUCACUUUUCCCUCGUUCUCAUUCAAUGGGGAGAGGCUGUGUCCCUUUUUCUGGGUGUAUUGGGGGGCCACAUGUGCAAACGUAUUGUACUUACCUGGGGAAUAA